UUUUGUGUUGGCAGAAAGGAAAGAGUGGCGGCUGCUCCCUGAGCUGGGGUGAUGGGGGGUAUCUGCUGUCACAAAAGCAGGGCCGGGAGUCGGCGGGCUGGCGUGGGUGGAACCGAGUGCGGGGCCCGCGCGUGGGGCCAUGGGCUGCUGCCAAGGCAAGGACUUUCAGACUUCGGGUGAGCAGGCCAAGGAGGCCGGGUCACAGGAAGUUCAGGAAGGCAAAGAAGGGGUCGAUGCAGACUCGGCGGAAAACCGGAAUCUCAGGUCGCACGAAAGGCUUCUGCUCACUGUGCUGUGGCGGCGGCUCUCCCUGUUCAGCCAUCGGGGCUCGUCGCGGUCAAACAAGAGGCAAUCAGUCCAAAAUCCAAAGCAGGCGUGUACGUUCCAGGAGUGCAACCGGGAGGGGGUCCAGGAGGAGCCGGAGAAGGGGUGACCCCAGCCCUGUUCUCAGUCCGCCCCAGCCUCCCUCCAGAGAAUAAAGUUUCUAACUUAUACCUGC